GUUGUCCAAAACCAAUAAAGAAAUGCUUUUUAUCUUAUCAGCUUGACUUCCCUGACAUACAACUUGCAAGCUAAGUCCACCAUCGAUCGCUUUUUUUCUUCAUCUGUAUUUUCAUUCAAUUCAUCACUGUUCUCAUCUUUCAUUCUUCGUUAUCAUACACACACAGAUAUAUACAUACCCAUCUAUCAUAUGUAUAGUAUGUUGCUGUGGCCUGUGAAGCAACGUUUUAACUUAUAAGAAAUGAAGCAAGCAAGAAUCUUCAUCUGAUAAUCCGAACGUGAAUUUCGAAAAGUCCCUGUAAAACAGGGUGGCCCGGAAUCAAAACAUCAAAUUGGAAACAUGAAGAAAACAGCCCUUUUGGUCCCAAUGCCAUAUGUUCCUUUGAUACUUGUGACAACUCUGGUUUUACUAGAUGUUUGUAAUGGUGCCCCAAGAACUCAAACAGUCAAAAUGAUUUGUGCACACCAAGUGGAGAAUAACUUCUCAGUUUUUGUCCCGAAUUUUGUUGCAACCAUGGAAAACAUAAGCACCCAAAUGCGCACUCAAGGCUGGGGUGUUUCAAUAACCGGCAAAGGACCCGAUGCCAACUUCGGGCUCGCACAAUGCUAUGGCGAUCUUUCCUUACUCGAUUGCGCAUUGUGCUAUGCCGAAGCACGCACUGUUCUGCCCCAGUGCUUCCCUUUCAAUGGUGGCAGAAUUUACCUCGACGGUUGUUUCAUGCGCGCUGAGAACUAUAGCUUCUUUCAACAGAGUUUAGGUGCAGAGGAUACAUAUGUUUGUGGGAACAAAACUAGGAAGGAUGGCUUGUUCCAAGAUACAGCUAAGAGGGCUGUGUUGCAGGCAGUUGCAAACGCGCCAAAUAACAAUGGCUACGCGCGUGUUGAACUCCCAAAACCUAGGAGACACAGUGAGUCGGCGGCGGCGGCGGCAUAUGUUUUGGCCAAUUGUUGGAAGACUGUGAAUGCCAGUGGUUGCCGAAGAUGUUUGGAGAAUGCGGCUAAGUCCAUGUUAAAAUGUCUGCCUUGGUCUGAGGGUCGUGCGUUGUACACUGGGUGCUUCAUCAGAUACUCUGAUACCAACUUUCUUAAUUCUGUUCCAUCUACUGGAGCCUCAUCUUCAAGAGCAAAUAUAAUACUCAUUGUACUGUUAGUUGUUUGCUCUGCAAUUCUUUUUGUCGUGGGGGUUUUCAUUGGCUUUUACAUUUGGAAACAGAAAAGACUAGAGAAGAAAAGAAAAGGUCCAAAUGAUGUCAAGAAAUUAGUGAAGAUCCUUCAUGACAGCAGCUUGAACUUCAAAUAUUCCACACUCGAGAAAGCUACUGGAUCUUUUGAUGAAGCCAACAAGCUAGGACAAGGCGGAUAUGGCAUUGUUUACAAGGGGGUUUUAGUAGAUGGAAGAGAUGUUGCAGUGAAGAGGCUUUUUUUUAAUAACAAACAUCGAGCAACAGAUUUUUACAAUGAAGUUAACAUUAUUAGCCAAGUAGAGCACAAAAAUCUUGUCAGAUUAUUGGGUUGCAGCUGUUCUGGACCCGAAAGCCUUCUUGUAUAUGAAUUUCUACCAAAUCUGAGUCUUGAUCGCUUCAUUUUUGAUCAAAACAAAGGCAAAGGUUUAAACUGGGAAAAGAGAUUCAGCAUAAUUAUAGGAACAGCAGAAGGAUUAGUAUACCUUCAUGAAAACUCGAACAUACGUAUUAUUCAUCGAGAUAUCAAAGCCAGCAAUAUUUUGUUAGACUCGAGGUUCCAAGCUAAAAUUGCAGAUUUUGGAUUGGCUAGAUCUUUCCAAGAUGAUGAUAAGAGCCAUAUAAGCACUGCUAUUGCCGGAACAUUGGGAUACAUGGCUCCCGAGUACUUAGCAAAUGGGCAAUUGACAGAAAAGGCAGAUAUUUACAGUUUUGGAGUAUUACUGUUGGAAAUUGUAACGGGAAAGCAAAACAACAGGAGCAAAAACACAGAAUACGCCGACAGCAUAGUGAAUGUAGCAUGGAUGCAUUUCCAAGAGGGGACAGCGGAAGAGCUGUUUGAUCCAAACCUAAUGCUUCAUAACUACCACGAUGUGAGUGUGAAAUCUGAGGUUCUAAGAGUGCUUCAAGUUGGGCUAUUAUGCAUACAAGAGAUGCCAUCACUAAGGCCAUCCAUGUCCAAGGUGUUACACAUGCUUGUGAAGAAGGAAGAAGAGUUGCCUCCUCCUUCUAACCCUCCUUUCCUGGAUGAGAAAACCAUGGAAUUUAAGAGUUCUUGGGAUAGCCCAAUGUACCGUCACAAAAACGAAGACUUUGCUUCAAAUGCCAGUUUGUCUCAUAGCUCUUUCUACCCCAGGUGAUGUUGUAGUUGGUAUAUAUGAAAAAGAGUUAAUGCCAGAUGAAGUAUUUUCUUUGUAAUUUACCUUCGUUGUGUUUGCGUAUUUAAUGGAACGUAGAAACAUUUGUGAUUGAAAUAAGUUCUUCCGUGAUUUUUCUAA